AUGUCAACUUUCUAAGAAAGAUUUAAGGGUAAAACAACUGUUAUGGGAAGGAAUGGAAUGGAGUCCGUUCUUAAUACUUGUUAAUAGCCUAUUAAGAAAGACUUUGAAUGUAUCAUAUUUAUCUAAAAUCAGAUUAAAAUAGAUGUCCUCAGAUUCCAUAACCUUUGCAAUAAUAAGUUAAUGUACAACUAUUUACAAACCAAAUUCAAUACAAUCAUCAACCCAAUCAUUAAAUUUUAUAUUAGCAUAAUCCAUACAUACCAGAGUAAUAAAUUCAGGAUCAUCUCUAAUAUUUGAGUCAAUAACAAUAUUUUCAACCCUCCACUAAUUAUUAAGUAAGACAAACAGCCACUGAACCACAAAAAAAGAAUGACCAAAGAUCAUAAUCUGCAAAAUAAUAAUAGCAAUCAAUAGAUGAUUCGUAACGGUACAAACCAUACACCAUCAAGGAUUACGAAAUGAUGAAAAAGACAGCAAAUGCUAAAUUAGGAGGAUUGGGUCCUAAUAUCAGUGGCGAAGAAUGGGCAAAAGAGAAGGAAAAGCUACACAAAAGAUAAGAAUUUGCAGAAUAAGUCAGGCAGUUUAAUUCAACCAAUAUCAUAACUAUCAAAAAUAAAGAAACCAAACCUUCUGAAGUUAAUGCUAGGUAUUAUUAUAAAUAUAUCUAGGCAAAAGGCGAUUGAAUUUGCCAGAAAUAUACCAAAACCAGUGGCCAAAAAAAAAGAUGAUAUUGCAAUGAAGAGUAUGCCCAAUAAACCUGUAAAUAAUCAAGGAAUCAAUAGGGAUCCUUUUGAUGAUGAAAUUGCAAGACUGGAAAGAGAACAUAUAAAAUAUUUAAACUAAUUGGAUAAAAUGAAAUGA